AUGACCCAAGGAAAUGUCACCAGAGUGACCAAGUUCAUUCUAUUGGGAUUUGUAGUUCGACAAGAACUGCAGUACAUGCUCUUCCUGGUGUUUCUGGUCAUCUACAAUAUAUCUCUAGUGGCUAAUUUUGGCAUGAUCCUGGUCAUCAAGUGUGAUGCUCGUCUUCACACUCCCAUGUAUUUUUUCCUCCAAAACUUGGCUUUUGCUGACCUCUGUUACACAUCUGCUAUCACUCCCAAGAUGUUGGUCAACUUCCUGGUUUCAGAUAAAUCCAUCUCAUUCUCAGGGUGUGUGAUACAAUUAUAUAUUUAUGGGAUAUUUGCGACGAUUGAAUUAUACCUUCUGGCUGCCAUGGCUGUAGAUCGUUAUGUGGCCAUCUGCUACCCACUUCGUUAUCCAAUCAUCAUGUCCCAGAGAGCCUGCAUCCAAUUGGCCACUGGAUCUUAUGUCAUGGGCUCUCUGAAUGCCACCACACAAGUUGGCCUUCUUUUUUCACUGUCCUUCUGCAAUUCCAACACCAUCAAUCACUUCUUUUAUGAUUUGCCCCCAAUCUUGGCCCUUUCCUGUUCUAAUAUUGAUGUCAAUGUGAUGUCAUUAGUCAUUUUUGUGGGUUUUAACCUGGUGAGCACAUUGCUAGUUGUGUUUUUCUCCUAUGUUUAUAUUCUGGCUGCCAUUUUGAGGAUGCCCUCUUCUGCAAGAAGACACAAAGCCUUCUCCACUUGUGCUUCCCACUUGACCGCUGUUACCAUUUUCUAUGGGACACUCUCUUAUAUGUAUUUACAGCCUUCUUCCAGUGAGUCACAAGAGAAUGAUAAAGUGGCCUCUGUGUUUUAUGGUAUUGUGAUACCCAUGCUGAACCCCCUGAUUUACAGUCUGAGAAAUAAGGAGGUGAAAGAGGCAGUGAAAGUGCUCAUGAAAAGUUGUUAA